UAAGACAGUGAAUCAAGAUGAAGGUCCUUGUUUUGAUUGUAAUUUCUCUACCCAUUGCUUAUUGCAGGCAUGCUCCUUUGUUUGAUGGCACUGAUGCAACUUUACCGAAGAACUUGAAGAAAGACUCAGUAAUGGACAAGAUAGAAAAGAUCAACCGCGAUCAAAUUAAAGGAAGGGGAAAAAAGGAUCAAUUAUUCGAAAUCGACAUGAAGUUGUCCUCCAGUCUAAAAGAGGCCGUUAACACCAAAAACACCAGUCGGUCAGACAAUGCUAAAGUCAAAGUGGAAAGCGUCACUAGAAGGACAGGAGUACGAAGACGAUCUCAAGUGUGGACAACAAGAGUUAUUCCUCUCGAAAUAACAAAGCCAGUUGCCGACGAUGGAGAGAAAAAUAUUUGGGAUGCUACAAAAGAAAUAGAAAAGAACUCAUGUUUAAAGUUUAGAAGAAAAAAAUCUGGCGAUAAGAAUUGGAUUAAGAUCAUCAAGGGAGAAGGGUGCUCGUCAUUCGUUGGACGUGUGAAUAUAAAAGACGGUCAGCCUUUGUCAUUAGGAGAAGGAUGUAACGACAAGGCAGUCGCUUUGCACGAGAUAUUGCACGCCGUUGGAUUUUAUCACGAGCAGUCGAGGACAGACCGAGAUGAUUAUAUUAACAUCUUAUGGGAAAACAUCUAYGAAGGCGCGGAAGGACAAUUCAACAAGAUCGGUGCUGAAGAAAUGGACAUGGUCGGAGGAACGUAUGACUAUAACAGUAUAAUGCAUUAUGGGAAUAAUGUAUUUUCCAAGAACGAUAAGCCAACAAUGAUAGCGAUCAAAGAUCCAAGUAAAGUAUUGGGCACRAAAGGAGCAAAGCUAAAUGCUGUAGACAUUUUACAAAUCAACAAUUUGUACAAUUGCAAAACUAAAUCAGGGAGUUGGAGCGAUUGGAGCGAUUGGGGRCCAUGUGAUCUCGGUUGCGAAAGAAAGAGAGAAAGAUUUUGUUUUGACAAGUCCAAAAAGGGCUGUCCUAAAGCAGACGAAAAUGGGAUCGAGACUGAAAGGAGCAAAUGCGAGAAAGAUGAAUGCAAUGGUAAGGGCUGCCAAUAA